GCAUAAGUACGGGUACCAUGAAGGGACCGCGUACCCGUGGUUGACAAAGACUGACCUACAGAAGGAUGACCUAAUGCUUCCAUGCUAAUGUCCCCCUGGUCCUACUUAUGUAAACUUAAUACUUAAAUGUAAAGGAUUGUGAAUGUGAUUGAAUUAGAGACAGUAGGGAGUAGCGGGUGUUCUCACCAAACCGCACCGCAGCACAGCCUCCUCCCGCGGGGCUGCUCGGACUUUUAUGGGCAUCCUCACCGACGUCAGCCUGUGCGCUCCACCGGGAAGAUGGCGGAGGCUGCGGAGCCACCACAACACCGGUUCUUCUGCCACUGUUGUAAAUGUGAAACCAGCCCCAAACUGCCGGAUCUCGUCUGCCCUCGAUGUGACUCUGGUUUCAUUGAGGAGGUGACAGAAGACUCCAGUCUGCUGGAGGACAGAGCAUCCACAGCCGGUGAAGACUCAAACUCUUUAGUCUCAGAGUUAUGGCAGCUGCUGUUUAUGGAACGCUCUGCUCUCCUGUCGCACCCGCCCUCCUCACAGCAGGUAUCUGCAGGUCAGAGCCGCACGUCUCCGGUGUCACCUGCUGCUGCCGAGGACACAGAAGCAGAAACUUCUUCUCAAUCAGAGCAGGAGUCGUCAUCCCGGCCUGAGCAGAGGCCUGCAGUGGAAGGGAUUGUGCAGCAGUUCUUGGCUGACCUCUUCGCAAACAACGGGAAUCCCGGGGCUACUCCAGCUUCACUCACCAGCAUGUUGCAGUUGUACUCAAACCCAGGAGACUAUAUCUGGGGUCAGGGAGAUCUUGAAACUGUCUUCACAGAGUUGUUAGGACAGUUGGAGAACACAGGUCCACCUCCUGCAGAAAAGGAGAUGAUCUCAUCCCUGCCAACAGUUUGCAUCUCUAAGGAACAAACAGACUGCAGACUGGAGUGUUCAGUCUGCAGAGAUGAGUAUUCGUUAGGGGAAUCUGUCAGGAAACUCCCCUGCCUCCAUUUCUUUCACAGUCACUGUAUAGUACCCUGGCUGGAAAUGCAUGACACCUGUCCUGUGUGCCGCAAAAGCCUCAACGGUAUUGACAACAGCCUGCCACCCACAGUGGAACUCCCAGAUGAUCGCGCCAUGAGGACAGAGCAACAAGAGCAGCAGGCGAUCUGACAGGAAGCGAGGCGACGGACACUACCUCCUUUACUGAGACACAGACAUGCUGCUCACCUCAAAUCUUUUCCUCAACACUGACUUCGGCGUUCACAGGAUGCAUCCUUUCUAAGGACCAUAAUAUUUUCUGCACAAACAUGUCCAUCGUCAUUCUUACUACUCUGCCGUUCAAAAGGGUCUUGGAUUGAAUGACUUUUGCAGUACUUGAUAAACUCCUCGUCACUGAGCUGUCAGCGGUCAACUGGGAAUUGCACAGAAUUUCAAAAUAAAAGUUUACUUUAAAUACAUCAGAAGACCAUUUCACAAAAUAUUAUUAAUCUUUUCAACAUAGUCCAGUUGAGAAUUUAUUUAUAUACAUAAUGCUUUUCAUUAAAGCCUUACCCUGUGAUUCACACCCUCUAUACUUACUGCUUCCAUAAAAGGGCAACCAGGAUUAACAUAAAUCUCCCUCUUGUGGGAUAGCAAUGUAAAGCACUGCCAGGUGCACCCCAACAAGUUUGACUUUUCACUUUCAAUAAAUAUUACCUCAGUCCUAAAAUGGAAAAUUGGAUCCUACACAUGAGCAAAACAUAAACAGGACCACCUAGGCUGUUAUCAAUGAAAGGUGCAAAAACCACCAUCUGCGAUGGUAUAUCAAGACAUUGGGAUUUGUAUGUAUGUGAAACCAUUUAUUCAUACUGAGGCCUAAAUUAGUCUUUUAGAGACACGUGUAAGAAUAUUAUAUUUAUGUGAAACUCUUUGUAAGGAUGAUGUCAAGCCAAUUUUGCACAAAUUACUGAAACUAGGCUUAGCGCUGUUGAGUAUGAAACAUGUCUGUCAGUGAAAAAUUGACAAAGAUACCCCUGAGAAUGGGCAUAAAUUCCACCUUAGUCCUAACUUUUAGUUAUACCUUCUCCAAUAAGCCAAAAAGAAAAGGUAUAUGAUCGAUUUGCCUUCUGUUUCAUUUUUGUUUUGGUGUAUAUCG